AUGCCGCCGCGCUCGUCCCUCACCUCGUCCUUCUCCAUCACAGCAGACUCCAAUAACGAGGUUGUCUGUCCGCUCCGGAAUCAAGAUGGCUCAAGUUGUCGGAAAAGAUGCAUCGGCGAAAAAAGAUACCGCUCAAUGCAAGAGCACAUCCGCCGUGCGCAUCCCGAGCACUACAUACCGAAGCUCCCUGCGACCGAAGACAGCUUCCUGCUGAUGGUCAAUACUCCGCCACAAGAUCGCCGUCAGCUUGAAGGAACACCAACCGCCACACAGAACUUCCAAGAUCGACAUCCCUAUUACAGAGCUGAAUCUAGCACCCCAGGCACGCCGCGGGCAGGAGACGAUCAACCACUGCCUGGCGCCAGCUCUCUCCUAGGGACUGCCAGCGCAGCAGCCGUCUUGGCGGAACUGCACGGCGUCAAGUCUGAGAGAGACUCGGAUCUCAUGGAUGGUGGAUAUUAUUCCGACAUGGAUCAACGGCGCAGGCUGAGAAAAUCCAUUGAGCUGCCGCCUCUGAAUCUCAGCAACAUCACGAGCGACCCUUAUUCCAACAGGCCUCGGGAAAUCCUCCCGUCUCUGAUGGCAACAUCACCGCCUGGGCGGUCAUCAACGUUGCCACCGCUGCAGCGUCCCUUGGGGCCCAUGCGGCCUCGUAAGCAGUCAAUCUCGAAGAAGAAUCGAGAGUCUCAGCACAAGAAGAAGCCUUCGCGCGGCUCCGAUUGGCUACGGCGUAUCCAGAACGAGGAGCGAAUCAGGCCAGGCGGCCAUGAUCGCAAGGCUCUUUCAGCCGAGCCCUGGACGGACUAUGGCAAACGAUGGGAAGACCUCAUUGAUGCCGCAGACCAGGCUGCAUCUGCUGCGGGAGAUAUUGAUGAGGACCGCACUCCUAUGCCUCGAUCUCCCGUAUCAAUCCACCGCUCAUCUUUGCCUCCGUUCAACCACCAUCAGUUCCAGUCUAGCAGCAACAAUUACCAAGCUUCUCCUCUGCAGCAAGCUUUGACACCACCGCAGACUUACAAUCAGGAUAUGGCUGAGCCCUUCCCGUCUGUGGAGAGCGGCGAGAGCGGGGAUAACUUUCACAUUGGAUCCCGCGGACUGUCUGACUCGUCACCGACAUACAACUCGCAGAACAUCCAGAUAUACUGCGCUGCUUGCAAUCGCGCCUCCCUCCUCAAGACUUCAUAUGCCUGUACGGAGUGCAUUUGUGGACUCUGCUCGAAUUGCGUUGAAGUCCUCAUGUCUGAGCAUGGAGCUCGGAGGAAGUGCCCCCGCUGUGAGACAAUCGGCGGGAAAUUCAAGCGCUUUCAGCUUGAUGUCAGGUGA